AUGCAAAGUACAAUAACUGAAAUAACAGAAGAUUUACUUCCACAACAAACUGGAUUAGUUACAACUGCACAAACUAAAUCAUUAGAUACACAAAUUGUUAAGAAGAAGAGAAUGAAUUAUAUUAAAUUUGAUGGAACAUCGACUUUACCUUAUUCACCUACUUAUGGAGCUACUAAUGUGCAGAUGUAUGGAAUUACUAUACAAGAUAGCUAUUAUUUUGAUCCUAUUCUAUUUGGAUAUUUCUUUACAGCUAAUGGAAUAGAAGUAUCAGAUAAAUUAACAAUUGGACAACCUCAUCGACCAACUGAUGUUUAUGCAUCUGCAUGGGAUUUUUAUGGUUUGCAUGCUUCACCAAUAAUAAGUGGAAUGGGACAUUUUGAAAUAACGUUCUAUACCAAAUUUAAACAACUUAAGAAUAAAUAA